AUGCUACAACCCAUACUGUUCGGCCUACCGGUGAUUGCCAUUCUCGUUGGAUUCUGUGCGCAAACGGAGUCAACUCCAGUUGCCAUGUUUGAUCCGCAAGCCGAAUAUCUCACCUCAUUGCGUGUGGAUAGCGCGUUGGAGCGUUGCAUUCAGCUGAUCGGCACCCAAUCCGUUCAACGCUUUCGCAAAUCCGUGACCUCGGCCAAUGUUCCCGGAAUAAACAAUUUCAGUCAGAUGGAACAACUGCGACAGUGCAUGCUCCAGCAAUUUGCUGGCAAGGUGCCCUAUAACCGCUGGAGCAUUAUUGAAGGCAUCGCAUAA